UUUUCCUUGACCCGUCCAAAAUCCCAACAGAAACCCUCGAGUCCUCAUCUCCGCCGCCUUUCCCGAACCGGCGCGGCUCUUAUCGACGGCGUUCUACCUCCCCACCGCCUUCGCUCGCGUCUGGUCGGUGCUGUCCUCCAUCCGUAGCUUGGCGAGUUCCUGGCGCCGGUCGCCACCACCGCACGCUAGCGCCGCCUAAUUUAUCUGAAGAAUAAUGGAAGGCGGAGGAGGAUGGGGAGCAAAGGACGAAGAUGAAGACGAAGAGCACCAUCGAAACCCUUUCCUUUCUAAUAGCGUCAACAAACCUUCAGCUUCUAAGCAUCAAUUCCGGAGUGAAGUAUCCAAGGCUCUUUGGGUUGAAGAGAUGGGUAUGGGGGAGAUAGUGGAAAAGAAGGGAAGCUUGUGGUCCACCACUGGUGUAGCAAAAACUAACAAGCUCUAUUGCCACAUUGAAGAAAUAUUGUUUUUGGCUGAAAAAGGGGCAUUAAUUCUCACAAGUCCUAAUGAUAAGAAACUCAGUGUUGGAGAUAUUUAUGAGAAGGUCAUAGGAGCUAAAUUUGGGUGUUCAUGGGAGUCUUUUCAGGCAUAUAAGCAUCUGAAAUCCCUUGGCUACAUAAUUCAGCGAUGUGACACCUCUUGGACAUCUAAGAAUGAUCAAAUCUUCUGUAGCUCCAAUUCUUCAACAUGUAAAAAUAAGGGGACUUAUGAUGGCCUAGAUUCAAUUUCUGACUUGUUAGAAGGAAUGCGAAUCAACAACCUGAAGCCAUUGUAUAAUGUUUACUUGCCUAACAGCAAGUUCAGAAAAUCUUCCCCUGGUGAUCCAGAUUUCCUGCUGUGUGUAUUAAGAGAUAAUCCACCUUCAAUAUCAGAAUUAGAAAACCUGGAGGAGGAGUGUGAUGGUUUGCGGUUGAAGUAUUGCUAUGUCGACAAUGGACGGGCAAGCUUCUUUUCAAUGGAGAAAGGAUCAAUUCCAACCUUGCCAUGAUGAGGACUAAAUUCCAUGCCUGGUGGGAAUUUUAAGGAAUUUUAAGUCACACAGAAGAACAAUCAGUGCCCCAGAGCUUUGGGAAAUCUUAUUCCACAAGGAUGUGAUAAUACUCUGGGCUUGCUUUCGUUCUGCUACCCCACUUUCAACAUAACUACAUAUGACUUCUUCGAAAAGAAAUAUUCAAAUGAUGAAGGGGAGCUUUGGCACAACUAUAAAGUUAUUAUCAUGUGAUCUUGAGGUUACAAGUUUAAGUCACGGAAACAAACUCUUGUAAUGCAAGAUAAGACCAUUUUUCUGGAAUCCAUUUUAACUGAACUCGAGCACCCGACUGCCCUUUUAGAUAUCUUACAAAUGAAGAAUGCAAGCUUACGAGGUCAGUUGCCUCAGAGGACUUUGCUUUUAACAUAUUCUACCAAGUAAAUUAUUUGUUUCCAACUGAUAGAAGUUAUCUUGAAAGCAUUCAUCUAUUUUUGCACUAGUAAACAAAUUAUUUGGUAAAACUGUUUGAAUUAUAUGACUGAAAAUUUGUUAUUGUACAUUUUGCAUAUUCUAUUAUUAUGUUUUGAGUGUAAGAGAAUUUGAUGAUGAAAGAAGAAUAGUUUGUUGCUAA